GAAACUACAAUAUAUACUGAUAUAUACCGUGCCAAUGAGUGUCGCAUUUUGCAGAACCGUAAUAUAAGUAGCUCACAGCUCGGCGAUGCAUACCACAGAAGUUGGCAUCAGUAACGUACCCGCAUUUUUAGUUAAACUAUGGAAGCUUGUCGAAGACGAGAAAUGCAACGACUUGAUCAGCUGGAGCUCGACUGGCCGGAGCUUUAUUAUACACAACCAAAUACAGUUCGCCAAGGACCUUUUGCCACUCUACUUCAAGCACAGCAACAUGGCAAGUUUUAUCAGGCAGCUUAACAUGUAUGGCUUUCGCAAAGUGGCAAACAUAGACCAGGGAUUGAGGACAGAGCGAGAGGAGAUAGAGUUUUUUCAUGACUUCUUUGUCCGUGGUCAAGAAUGUCUACUUGGUCUCAUCAAGCGAAAGGUGCCAUCGAGCAGGGCUGGGGCUCACGGUCCUGAAGAUGGACAGGCUCACAGUGAAGUCCUCAAAGAACUAUUAACCAAUGCAGGCAACAUGCACGAACGCCAAGAGCAAAUGGACCAGUUGCUUUCCGACAUGAAAAAAGAAAAUGAGGCUCUCUGGCGGGAAGUGGCUCGGCUGCGCCAGAAGCACAAAAAGCAGCAGCAGAUUGUUGAGAAGCUCAUCCAGUUUCUUAUCACCAUGGUGCAGGCCAACCGUAACAUUACUGUAAAGCGCAAGAUGCCACUGAUGCUGCAUGAUAGUCCCAGCUCCACCUCCAAGAGGCCCCGACUGACCAAGGGUGCCUUCGUUACCGAUUACCAGCCUGGAAGUUCCCAGUAUUCUGAAGGCCCUGUAAUACAUGAUGUUACUGACCUGAUGGAAGACCUUGGUGACACAGACAGCACCAUUGUUUCUGAGCCGAUGACCUCUGCCCAGUCCCCGAGGGCAGCUUUGGUGUCUACACCCUUGACGCCUGCACGGUCCUCGGCUUCACCAGCGGCCUGUAGUGAUUUGGACACUGUUCCUGUAGUGUCCAGUCCCCUCAGUACAGAGGAUGUUAUGGAGCCUCUGUGUCUGCUCGACCCUUUACAAGAUGCUCAGAGUCCGGAUGUGCUGCCAUGUGACAUUGAAGAAGUCGUGGAUUCAACUCAGCCUAGUCCACAAGAUCCACAUGUAGCCUCUUCUAAAGGCCUACGAGAACCUGUUCUAAAGGCUUCACAGGUUGUGACACCUGCUGCUUCCUCCAUUAAGCUGGUCACUUCUCCAAUUCCUGCUUUUUCUUCAUCUGACUUGAUUGGUGACGACGACACAACACUACUUGGUGACAAGCAGGCCACCAAUGGCACUUCAGAUGUGCUGAAUAGCUGUGUCAUGUUGGAAGACCUUCCCAAUUUCGCAGGCAGUGUGAGAUCGCCUGUAGCCGUUCCUACUUCAACCCUUGCUACUUCGAGCACUGAGCUUGCAACAGAGGAUAGUUCCAGACAGAAGGAGAAUGCUACAGAUUCACCACCAAGCCUGGGAAUGGAGGUGGCAUUGCAGGACAAAAAUUCUGGCAACACAAAGAUUUUUGCAGAUCAUGUGGAAUCCAUAGAUUGCGACCUGGACUGGCUGCAGGACCAGCUGUCCGGUGGAGGGCUGAACUUGGACACUUCCACACUCAUGGGGGUAUGUCCAGAGUGGACAGGGCUUCUCUUGGGAUCACCAAAGUUGUUUUCUCCAGAAGACACUUUGACAUCUCGCUUAGGAGACCUGGCCACUGAAAAUAGAUCAUCAGAUGCUGUUGGUAAUGAGUUAGUGCAGUACACACCAAGCCUCCUCGACCUGGGCAUUGAAGAAAGCUCUGCAUUCCAGCCUGUCAGUGAACUAUUGCUGUCUGAUGAUGAUGAACUUCCAAGCAGUUCAGCUGCACUGAAUGCUGCUAAUAGUGAAUCUUCAGCACCCAGGUCCAGCUCACUGGUUACGUGUGAGCAAAGCCAAAGCUCACAAUGUGCGUCCCCCUCCUUUCUGUUUCAACACAACCUCAAAUCGGUUGCGCCAACCAAAUCCCGCUCAGCUGGAAAAAAGGGCACAUCAUCAGGCAGGAAACGUCGUGGUGGUAGCAAGAAGUGAAAUGGAUUGUGGUCUCCACAGGAUAUGAAGUACACAUUCUAGCCCUAUGGCUAGCAACUAAUGCACUGACAUGUUGCGAGUCAGGCUGGUACGGUUGUGCAUUUGCACUUAAUGUUAUAUUCUAUCUAGAACAGAAUUCUAAAAUGCUGCUGCUGUUAACUAUACAAUCAGCAGCAGUGGAAACAUCACAGACUGUGAUGGCUUGAAAGAACAAGACUAGUUCUAGAAUGCACCAAAUGCAAAGAACACUAUAAGCACACUUCAAAUUUAGAGCUGGCCACCCCUUGUUAUAGCCGUUGUUGUGGAUCAAGCUCUGGUUGAUCAAAAAUGGAGAGGACGCUUGUCACACCGUACAGCGAAGUCAAGAGGGACAGACUGACAAGAUUAGUGACCCAGUGACGUGCACCUCCAUUGUUGUUCGGGGCUGGGCGCUUGGACAAAAUAAUAAAAGACAAUUCGAUACCACUGGAAGAUCUCUUCAAUUUGCCUAAGCCAAAGAAGCAAGUUCAGGUACAGUCGCUCCAGACACUCUUAGGUGGGUUGUACCGCUACAGAACAGAGAAAUAAUUGCAUGCUUUCACACACAUAUGAUUGGGAAAAUGUCUCCAGAAUAGAACAUAACAUAGUUUAAGCUUACAGGCUUAUAAUUUUGUAGUUGCAUCAGAUGCGGUAUUA